AUGGACGCCGCCUCCUCGCUCAUGGGCGGGCCCUCCUCCGCCGACGCCCCCACCGACGGCGAGCACCGGAUGGGCACCACCAUCGUCGGGGUAUGCUACGCCGGCGGGGUCGUCCUCGCCGCCGACUCCAGGACCAGCACCGGAAUGUAUGUGGCAAACCGUGCUUCGGACAAGAUUAGUCAGCUCACUGAUAAUGUCUAUGUCUGCCGUUCUGGAUCUGCCGCUGAUACACAAGUUAUUUCAGAUUAUGUGCGCUAUUUUCUCCACCAGCACACAAUUCAGCUUGGGCAACCAGCUACCGUGAAAGUCGCAUCCAACUUGGUUAGGUUGCUGGCCUAUCAGAACAAGAGCAUGUUGCAAGCUGGUAUGAUAGUUGGUGGAUGGGAUAAGUACGAAGGAGGCCAAAUUUACUCGGUCCCUCUUGGUGGAACGAUUCUGAGGCAACCAUUCGCAAUUGGAGGAUCUGGUUCCAGCUAUCUGUAUGGAUUGAUGGAUCAUGAAUGGAAAGAGGGGAUGACCCAGGAAGAAGCUGAGAAAUUUGUGGUGAAGGUGGUUUCCCUUGCCAUUGCACGUGAUGGUGCUAGUGGAGGGGUUGUUCGCACCGUUACUAUAAAUGAGGAGGGCGUGAAGAGGAGCUUCCAUCCUGGCGACAAGCUGCCACUGUGGCAUGAGGAGAUGGAGCCCCAGAACUCGCUCCUCGACAUUCUCGCGGCCGGGAGCUCUGAUGCCAUGGCAAGCAUCAAAUAUUCUAAGCUUGCAAAAUGGCAUCUACAUGCACGAAAGCAUGCAAAAAGGUGA